ACAAUAAAUUGUAAAAUGAAUGCAGACGAAAACUGUUUAACAGCGUGGAGUCAACAGGAUUGGAAGCUCACGAGUUCUCUUAAAACACCUAUGGGUCCGGUACAUGAUCAGCGAUGGGAAGAAUUUAAAGAAUAUACAAGUAGAGAUAUUAAAUAUGAACAUAUAUAUAUCGAAAAUACUACCGCAGCAACGCUCUCCGUUUCGAUUCGUGCGUCUAGCGACGCGCAUAUAUUAAUUUGCAACGGUAAAAAUUAUCACAGGCAUCUAUGCUAUUGGAUCAUAAUAGGUUGGAGCAAUAGUAUGUCCAUCAUACGAAAAUGCAAGACGGGAGUCCCUUUAAUCGGCGAUUUCCCCCGUAAUUCAAUCUGUAACAAAGCACAAGUUUCUUUCAACCAUAUGCCAUUAUCUAAAUUUGAGUGGCGAUCGUUUAUCAUUAUGUGGAACUCUGUGACUCGGAAUAUAUCCGUUUAUGAUACUCAUAACUUGAUUAUGACGUACCAGGAUACAGAAAGUUCAAAAUUAUUGAGCACUGGAAAAUCUUAUCAAAUGUUUAUCAGAAGCAGCCCAACAAUACUGUUUCGACUUCAUAUAUACAAUUUUUUGCACACAAUUUACGAAAAUACAAUUUUGACGAGUCCCAUCGCUCAAUUCGAUGAUAGAAUAUGUAUACAAAUGUUUAUUGGUCUCUGCGCAGAAUGCGAGGUGGAUAUAAAGUUACGUAAUUCUACAAAUUACAAUAUCUUACAUGCGGUAAAUGUAAAAAGUUCAUCACGCACGACAAAUCAUGGCUUGCCCAUGUGGCAAUCCGUUCUAAUUAAGAGAAAAUUUUCAACCCGUUUUAAUAGAGUGGUAAUCGAAGUGAUUCCUAAACUCAACGCUCAUAGUUCCAGUCCAUUAUGGGCUAUAGCAAAUGUUCGUCAAUGUCCUAAAAAUGGUUUGCUUUCUUCUUUAAGAUGGAGUGUUAUGCGCCAUAAUCAUUUUGAAAACAUCAAUAGUUAUUUUUGGCCUGUGAUAUGUCAAAAAUUAUUUUACACCAAUAGUGCCAUCGUAAAUUCUAUAUUAGACGCCAAGCCAAACAUGACACUGGAUUUUGCAAAUUGUCCUAAAGGAAAAAUUGGACCGCAAUGUUUGAUUCCUUGCAAAUAUCUGAAUAAUAUCACUAAUUGCAGAGAAAUUAGAAUUUGUUAUAAAGAUGGUUGCACGUGUCCUCCAGGAUACUUGGGAAGCAUUUGUUCAAACCCUUGUGAGGGGAACACAUACGGCUAUGGCUGCCAAAAAAUAUGCGGUGCGUGUCGCAACAAAACUUCAUUCUCUGAACAAAUAUGUGACACAAUAACUGGAGUGUGUAACGAUGGAUGCGAGGAUCUUUACAUAACACCUUUAUGCCAAUCAAAAAUAGACAAAUUAAACUCAAUUGAAGUUACUUUUAUAAACAGUACAAGUAUUCAGGCCAUUAUUCCUUUUACAUGGAGGAAAGAGUACAAAAAAAUAACAAUUUUUUAUCGUUGGAUUCUCAAACGAAUUAAUUAUCAUCGGAAACCGGUAUUUUCGAAUACGACGCAGUUGAUAGGUUAUUUUGAAAACUUAACACCCGGUGUUGUUUAUUCAAUUCAAUGUGAAUUACAUAUUGAGGGGACUGAAAUGUUUAUACAUAGUAAUUGGAAAAAUGUUGAAACGAAGUGUAAUCCGGUUACAAGUUUUGAUGUAAAGCCCGGAGAAACAAACAUAACAAUUAACUGGCAAAUUGGUCAGCGUUCACAAUUUUCAUGUCCGGCGAAUUGGUAUCACUUAAUAAUCCAAAAUAUAAACAGUGAUUAUCAAAUUUGGAAUACAUCAGCUACGUCAUUUCCUUUUAACUUGACACAGUUGACACCAUAUACUUCUUUCAAUAUAACUGUAUAUCAUAAUACUAAUAAGCUAUUCUCCCAGCAAAUUCGCACACUCGAGAGCGUUCCAUCUGAAGUAUUACAUCUGCAAGUAAUGACUUUGUCGACUACAUUUAAUGUAAUUUGGAAACCUCCAAAUAAACCUAAUGGACAAAUAUUAAGAUAUGAAAUAAUUGUAAAGAUUAAACAAUAUUACGGUUGUAGAGACCUAAAUUUAACUAUGUCAAAAAAUCACUUAAUUACUACAUCGCCAAACAUCACAAAUAUUAAUAUCACGAAUAUACACCCGUACGCGUUUUAUGGCGUACAGGUCAUAGCUUAUAAUUCACGAUAUAGCAGCACGCCUACAGAGAAAACGUUUCAACUUCAAGCCAUGAUACCAACCGAAGUAUUCACCCAACCGAAGGUGCAAGGCUGGAUAUUAUCGUGGAGUCCGCCUGAAGAUUGCACGACGAUUUUGGGACCGAUUAAAGCUAGGAUAAAAAUACGCGGAAUUAGCAACGCUGUAAAAGACUUUCGUCAAACCAGACAAACCACGUUAAAUUAUUUAAAUCUAGAUAAUAUAACACCAAAAUUAUACGGUGUUGAACGAUACGCGGCAAGAAUUUACGUGAUAAGAGAUUUUAAGAGCACAGAAAAUGUCAACGCUUAUCAAGAAUAUGAAUUUGAUACUCCGCCAAGAGCUCCGCCUAGUGUAAUGAAUUUGGAAGUCGUCGAGACUGAUACUCGCCAAAAAGUUGAAAUGAUACAUUUAAGAUGGCAGAGUCCACGUCCACCUCUCAAUGGAAAACUGCAUCAUUAUAGCAUUCAAUUAUGCGAUAAUUUUUGUCACACUAUUCAAGUAGUUCAAGUAAAUGAGUUUUGUGAUUUGUGGGACAAUUACAUAUGCAACAUUAUUGAAAAACCAUCAAAAAAUUCAAAAAUUCAAGUUCUUGCGUACAACAUGAAUGUUUCUGAAUCGAGUCUUCCGGUUAAUGUGACUGAUCAAAUGCUUAAUAAUACAAUACCAGACGCACCUAAAAAUUUAACAUUUACAAUCAACAACAAUAGUGUAAUUGACUUAAAAUGGAAUCAUCCUUGGAAUACGGGCGGUCAUCUGCAAACUUUUCUCGUUUGUGUAAAUGAAGUUUGUUCUAACUUGAGAAGACAGGGGCUUGACAGAAGAUCGCCGCAUGAUGUAGACGAUGUAACAUAUAAUUAUAAAUUUCCGGUGAUACAUUACAAGCGUAAUUACAGUGAGCGGUUAUAUUUGUUCCCGUCAACGUCAUACUUCAUUUUCAUUCAAGCUGAAACAACUGCAAAUGUAACUAGCGAUAGUAAUUACGUAAAAAUCGAAACGCCUUUAACUAUAGCUUUUGAUGGCGAUUUGAAGGUCGCGGUCGACAAGUUUCAUUCUAUGAUCAUAUUAAACAUACCUUCAAUUUUGAACGACACGCAAGAUAGCAAAAUGCACAUAAUAGUAAAAGGUCCCCAUCCAUGCGAACAGUAUUCCGAAGUACCUAAGAGUUUGCAUGCUAAAGCGAAUAUAAAAAAUCACGAUAUCGCUUGGCAAGCUGCCGAAGUUUCGACUAGUGACUUUGCUGGUAAGCUAUUCAUGGUGGGCGACAAUCAGAGUUAUGGCGAUGCUAAAAACUGCCCGUUAAAACCUCACAAGCAAUACGAAAUAGUGGUUAUCGUAAUUGCACAUGAUUUAUGGAACAAACCAAUCAUGCUCGCGAAAUCGAUCCAUAUCGGUGAAGUUCCAUCAAAGCAUCACGAAGCAUGGAUCAUACCAAUUUUAUUAUUCCUCGUUCUGUCAGGCUUGGGUUUUUAUUUGUAUCGCAGAAAGAAACAGAAAUCGGCUAAACAGCUAAUGCAAGACAAAAUGAAUUAUUUGGUUUUGUUGCAAAUAAUUGAAAAACAAAAUGAGUCCGCAAUAUCAAAUUCGAAGAAAGAGUUUUCAGAAACAUAUGAAAAUGCAACUUAA